UAAGGGAAGGAGAAAUGUUUUCAAAACAUUACCGAGUACACAACGCAUUUAAAUUCCAGGAAAGUUAUAGCUCUGUAAGCAUCCUCUUGGUCACAUUGGUGAGAAAGCGUUUGUUCUUUCGUAUAGAAUUUAGCGUGAAUUGAAACAAUUGAUUUCAAUUAAAAUCCCACAGAUUUAACGGCCUAUUAAAAUUGCUCUAUUGAAAUUGGCAUAUUGAAUUAAUUACAUACAUUUUGCUCAUUUCAUACCAACAUUUAUCGGUCUCAAAAAACAAGAAACAGCUUUAUAAUGACUCGUUUUUAUGAAAAUUCCUUGGUCUCCUUUUGUGGCAUGUUGCUUGUUAUCUCGAUGUCUUGCACGAUGGGGGCUGCAGGACAAACCAAUUUGGUCCUUGCAACGACCGUUCAGCCGGUCAAUUCCGUGUCUCCAACGCCUCCUCUGGGGAACACGACAGCAAACACCACUUCCCCCUUGAACGCCACUUCUACCACUUCUUCCCCCAACAAGAACCUGGACGACGAUGCAUUGAAUGACACCUUAUCAUACGAUAGCGACUUGUACAGUGAGGAUUCCCGAAAUAAGUCUGGAUUGUUUGACCGCUAUUACAACGGGACCAAUGGCAUCGACAACGAAACCUAUUACAAGUACAAUACCACCACGGGAGAAAAGUGCAAUGAUUGCUGGAUGGAAAAACUUGGUGAUAUUGCAGGUCCAUCAACAAUCGUAAUCGCUGUGGUUUUCAUAUCUGCCCUUCUGAUCCUAACUGCUUGCCUCACUUACCGUAACAUCCGGAAAAUGGUCCCUUAGUUUGGCUUAUUAACUUAAA